UAGUAUAAUUAUAAUAUUGUUGUAUUUUUCACAUAUGUAAAAACAUAUUAAAAAGUAAUACUGUUGUUAUCCAUUGCGUCGAAAAGUUAGUUACCGGCAUACAGUUGGACGGGCAUGCUUUUAUACACAUACCGAAAUAUAAAGAAAGCAAAACAUUAACGCGAAUUACCAGUUGCACCAAAUAAAUACAUACAUGUGUACAUGCUCAUAUGUACAUAUAUGUAUGAUCAUAUGGUAUAUACAUACAAAUGUAGGAUAAAUUAUCACUUAAACAAAUAGUUUAACGAAACGAGAUGAAAUGUGUAUUUAUAAAUAUUAAUAAGUGUGUCACUUUGGUACUAUUUGCUGAAAUCUCGAAGAACUUAUAGAUGAUAUCUACCUCACGGCGAGAAAAUGAUUGGGCCGAGUUCACAAAUAAGCAAAAUAUUAUUAACACUAUUGUUUUUGUUAAUAAUAUUUUACGUGUUUAUGGAUAUUGAGCUCUAUUUGCGUAUUCAUAAUUAUGUAAUCAACCGAAAUUAUCAUAUGAAUACUUCGACAUCAAUAGUAAUAACCUCGGAGCCAACAAAUUCACCAUCCGAUCCGAUCCAAAACCUCAAGCUUCCCACCGUUGAGAAAGAGCAGUCAUAUGAAGGAAAUACGUGGAUAUCGUGUGAUAUAAAUCCACUAUGUCAUAUAACAGUGAAAGCAAUACUCCUGGAUCAUACCAAUCAUUAUAUAUUCGCACCGUUAGCCACAAUAUUUGACAAUGUGGUUGGAAUCUCACGUUCUACAUUUAUUACGCCAAACAUGAUAUCGUUUUUCCACGUGGGAGUCGCCUGUGUGUCGGGAAAACUUGUAGCAUCCGAUAGCCUGGGAUAUAGACGACUGGGCGUACUACUCUUUCAGAUCCGUACAUUUUUGGAUGACUUGGAUGGCCAUGUUGCACGCGUCAAGAAGAAUAUUCGUGGCGAACGCUCAGAGAUUGGCACAUCUGGUUAUUACGUUGACGGUCUUUGCGAUGGACUUGGCUGUAUUGCGCUAAUCUUGGGCAUGUUCUUUUACCUGAAAAAUAACCCACCUCGUCGAGGUUACUCAAUAAUUCCAAUGACCGAUUCCAAAUCAGAGCCACCAACAAUGAUCCCCAAAAUGAAAGCAACCACCCGGAAAGUGACGAAAAACGUCAUCAGCUAUACGGGACAACUUUUGUUAAGCUCUACCGCAUGGAAUCGUUAUAUUGCAGUUUACCAAACGAUGUUGGAACGGGAGGAUGUCAGUAGCAGUCAGUACCAGUGCCAGAAUUAUGUAUUCAAGUCAACGUUGUUUUUCUGUGUCGCAUGGAUGUGGCGCGUUGUCAACGUACAUGCCUUGCUCCAUUGCGUUUUGCUUGGUAUCUUCUGUGACAAGCUGUGGGACUUUCUGAGAGCGAUUCGUUACAGUGGAUAUAUAAUAUUACUAGUUGCCAUUUGCUUAACAGAAAUGCACAUAUUGGAGGCCCAGAACUAUAUUUUUAAUUCAGCAGCGUGUAGUAAUAUUUCACUGUGAUUUUACCUUUAUUACGAAAAAUACAAUAAUAUUUUUGUAGUGAAGAUCAACAACGCCUUUUAUAUAUGUAUGUAUAACCUGUAUCAAUAAUUUUUAAUUGUGUUUGUGUACAUAUAAUAUUAUAUUGUGACUGUUAGGGUGAAUAUUGUAGUAUGUAUCUUUGAAAUAUAUAUAAUCUCAUAUUUGCAUACAU